AAACAUGACGUUUUAUGAUUUUCUAACUUUCUGUUUCAUAUUCUUAACGCGUGUUUUUGACGUGUAAUUACAACGUGAAUUAUAAGGAUAAUGUGUAAAAUACAGUAAAUAAAGAGACACAUACAUUUUUUUAUAAAUAAUGACUACCAUACCAUCGAUAGCCGGCUUAACUAACCGGAACUUGUUUCGGAUUACUUUUGGGGAACCAUACGAGGAAGUUAAUCUUAGAGAUGAAACUACUACAAAUAUACGAAGUAUCGUAUUUAGCCCAAAGGGCACUUACCUUGCUUACCGAACAGAUAAAAAGGCUGAGAUAAUAAAAUGUGCUGACUGGUCAGUAGCUGUUUCUAUUGAUGGCAACUUUAAAGAAAUGUUUUUUUCACCAUUGGAUAAUUAUUUUAUUGUAUGGGAAAUGUAUGCUAUGACAAAGGAAAAUCCCCAGGGUAAACCUAACCUACAUGUCUUUCAAUCAUCAAAUGGAAACAAGAUAGGGUCAUUUGUACAAAAGAAUCAGACUGGUUGGGAACCGAAAUGGUCAUCAGAUGAAAAAUUAUUUGCGAUACUCAAUAACAAUAGAGUACUAAUAUACGAAGAUGUGAAACUUGAUCACUACACUCAUCACAUCCAAGCAGAGAAAUUGCAAUCUUUCAGUAUAUCACCGAGUGCAGCUCCCACCCAUUACUUUUCAAUAUUUACAUUAGGUAAAGCAGGCCAGCCUUCCUUCUGGCGUGUAUUCAAGUAUCCCCAGUUUGACCAAGCAGUCGUUAGCCGAUCAUCAUUCCAGGCUGACAAAGCAACCUUUCACUGGAACAGACGAGGCACCAAUGUAUUUGCUUUAACACAAACAGAUGUAGACAAAACAGGCAGUUCUUAUUAUGGAAAACAGUCUCUGUCAUAUGGUGAUGUAAAGGGCAAUGCAGGGAAUAUGGCAUUCAGUAAAGAAGGCCCGAUCCACGCGAUAUCCUGGAAUCCUGGUAAUUGGAAUGAAUGGGUAGCGGUGUACGGACACGCACCGGCUAAGGCUACUCUUUUCAACGCCAAAUGCGACCCGCUCUUCGAGUUCGGAACAGGCGCUUGGAAUGCCAUUUACUUCCCACCCGAGGGAAAUUGGGUGUUAUUGGGUGGCUUCGGCAACAUCGCUACAGGUCACAUAUCGGUGUGGGACGUACGAGGGUACAAGAAGGUCGGCGAGUGCACGGCUCCGGACACCACGAGCUUGCAGUGGGACCCGCGGGGGGAAGCGUUCAUCACGGCCACCACAUAUCCCAGGCUUACUGUUGGAAAUGGGUAUAAAAUUUGGCAUUACUCUGGCGCACUUAUGCACAAACGUACUUGUGUUGAAAAAGAAAACUUACUAUCUAUAAGUUGGCAACCUGGUAGUUAUCCAAAGAGCGAGUUAUCAAAGACAGCUCCAAAGAGUAUAGAACAAGCGACACCGAAGGCGACCGCGGCGUACAGGCCGCCCGGCGCGAGGAACAGGCCGUCGACCUUCGUACUGCAUGAACACGAGAAACCUCACAAACCGGGCCAGAGUGUUGACGCAACACCGUCAAAGCAAGCCAUCAAGCAGAAGGAGAAGCGUGAAGCCCGCAAGGCGCGCAAGGCAGAGGAGCGCGCGGGGGACGCGUCCCCCUCCACGCCGCCCCCCGCGCCGCCCGCAGCCGCGCGCGCGCCUUUCGUGUCCACCGGCGACCCCGACAAGGACAAAAAGAUUAAGAAUAUUAACAAGAAACUGAGUGACAUUGAAAAACUGAAACAGCAGAAGGCAGCCGGUAAGCCGCUGGAGCUGAAUCAGUUGGCGAAGAUCGACAACGAACCGGCUUUACUGCAGGAGCUGAACCAACUCAGAUUAUGAUCUACAAAUGUUACUAUCUUGUAAACUAUGUAAAUGACAGAUUGUUUUAAUGACAGUUGUUGUAACGCUUUUUUUAACGGCUUAUAAUUUUUUUAUCUAUCACAACGAAACAAAACACAAAGUUAAUCUUUUUUUUUUUAAAUAAUCGUCUGAUAUAAGUUUUAUGUGUAUUGGUUUACUAGUUUUUAAACUUACAUUAAAAAUGCCUUUAUUUAUUAGUAUAUAUUUACACAAACGUGUAAACGUCAAGUGUUUGAUACAAUGACAUACAGCUUAAAUAGCCUUUAGAACUUUAAAUUAGCAUCGUGUUAUAUGUUUUUUAAAUAAAGCAUUUAUUUUAUUUAGAGCAGGAUCUUUAAAGUUCAACAAGUCCGCGGUAAUAGUCGGGACAUACCGCGAGAAAUGAGCGCGUUUUCGAAAAGUCGUACGCCAAUAUCAUUAUAUUGGCGUACGACGAAAGGUCGUACCUAGCUAACUCAUUAGUUAGCUAGGUACGACCUUUCGAUAUAAGCGUAAGCUUCCGCUAAAUAUAAAUUUAUCAAUGUCCUAUAGAGCUGUGGAAUGUGUCACUCGGUUAAAGGAAUGGCAUUCUGGUGUAGUGCUCGCUUGGAUUCGUAUACUCGACAUUUGCUUAAUAUCUAUGUGUUCAAUAAAAUGUUUGUAGCAUUUUAAUAACUUAAUUUUACGUUUUAAUUUCUUUUGUGAUUUUUUUGUUUCUAGAUGAACUAUUUUUGUAUAUUAAUACAUACUUACUAUUUUUUAGUUUUGAUUUGUGAUUAAAAUUUGACUUUUUAUAUAAAUGCUGUUUAGAGAAUGAGUGAUUCCGUUAAUAAUAUAAUGAAUGAUGACAUGUCUCUAUCGAGAGAAAUUAGCGCUUAACUAAACACAAACAACGUUUAUAAUAAAGGCCAUUUAUUAAUAGUUAAUAUAUGGAUUUUAUAUUAAAUAUUAAUUAAUAUUUCUUAUUCACAUUUGUCAGUUUUGCAAAGUUUGCAUGACUCUGAAAUUAAUCAUUGAUUUGAUGCUUAAGUUUAUGUUAUUAUAAAAUGUCAUACUUUCUCUUUAGUAUUUGUUGGAUUUUUUUAUAUCAAAUAUAUGAUAUAUAAUGUUAUAUAUGAUUAUCUAAGUAAAAGUGUAAAUCAUAUUGCAU